AUGGGCUCGUGCCGGAAGCCGGCGAAGAAUUGCCGCGUGGGGAAGACUAUUGAAUUGUUUGAAGAUAUCCUCGGCUCACCGUCCUGUAACCCAGAUGAAACUGUGCUAAGCUUUCGUCGGUACUCUGGCAGACAUCAUCAGAACAGCAAUCCAUUCUUCACGAUUUCCGGUGAGACCACAUCACGAAUUCCUUCCAACCAACUUCUCUUCAAAAUGGAAACUGCUGAAUCCACGGACAGUUGGCCUCGGACACGAUUGUUGCUGCCGCUCGUCUAUGUGAAUGCUGAUGAGUUCACAACUAUUGCCUGGUCGAGUUCUCAGCCUCACUCUUCGUCUCCCGGACCCUGGGGUCUCAUAAAACCUACUCCAUGGCCAGAAUUGUUCGAUGUGAGUGAGUCGGUCAGUGGUACAACCAUUCCGGUGGGUGUGUAUAGGCACAGGCAAUCUGAGCCGACGUAUGGAUGUCUAAUGAGAAAGGGAUGCAUAGACGAAUUGUUGAGUGGACCGAUGGAUGGAUGGAUGGCUGGUUGGACAGUCAAGUGGGUCAUAGAAUGUGUGGAUAGACGAACGGCCAGCGAUGGCAGUCAGCGACAGGCACUUAAACGAAAGAGUUGGUGA